GCCUGCUAGACCCUCCUUCUCCCCCGAAAUCAGACACCAAGACUCGCUCCCCCCGCCAGAAAGAGCGUCUCUGUCCUUCCUCUUUAAGAACACUUUCUUUUUCUCUCCCUCCCUUUUUUCUUUGAGCAUUAAUUUUCACCGUCCUUGGCCAUGCAAUGUGACUGUUUUUUUUCCCUCCCCCCACAACUACUUGGGCACUUUUAAAUAAAGAAAGGGCCGUUUCAAUUUCCUGCAUCUAAAACAUGUCAUGUAUCCAGAGAAACUGGAUUGCAAACUUUUCCUUUUGGGUUCACCUCCUUAAUAUCCAGGCAUUUUGCUAUGCUAGAAAUCCUCCACGCGGGAGAUUUGUCUUUCCAGACAAGAAGCAAGAUCAAUUUGUUAAAACAUUGCAAGACUACCAAGUGGUUAGCCCAGAAAGAAUUGAUGCAGAUGGACAUUUUCUCUCCUACCAUUUACAUCAGCAUGCUUCAAACUUCAGAGGAAAAAGAGACUUCAGGAGAAGGGACAGUAAAGUAUAUUAUAAAAUUAGGCACAAAAAGAAGGAUCUCUUCUUCAACUUAACUCUUCACCAAGAAUUACUGUCCAAUAAUUAUGUUCUGGAAAAGCACUACGGCAACUAUCUUGGUGCUAAGGUUAUACCAAGUGUAGACAAGUCAUGUCACCUUCUUGGGACGGUCAUGGAUUCUGAUUCCAGGAAUGGGAAGGCAGCGAUCAGUACUUGCAGUGGGCUAACUGGUUACUUCCACUUGCCUGAUGGAGACUACUUCAUUGAACCAGUGAAGGAAUAUGAGUCAAAAGAAGGGGCACAUCCACAUAUAAUCUACAAGACAAACGUCAUCCAGAAGGCUCUGAGGAAACAGCGAGACACCUGGACAGAGAAGCAACGGAAGUGCGGGGUGAAUGAAACGUCAAACUUUUUCAAACAGCAAGAACUUCGAAGGGAGAAGUGGGAAAGGAACCGUGUGACGCCAAGAACAACCUACCGGCGUUCUGUCAGUAGAGAACGAUGGGUGGAGACUUUGGUGGUUGCUGACAGUAAAAUGAUUGAAUACCAUGGAAGUGAAAAUGUGGAAUCCUAUAUCCUCACUAUCAUAAAUAUGGUGGCAGGAUUGUUCCAUGACCCGAGCAUUGGCAAUGCGAUCCACAUCGUGCUUGUUCGGCUUAUUCUUCUUGAAGAAGAGGAGCAAGGGCUGAAAAUCAUCCAUCAUGCAGAUAAGACUUUAGCCAGCUUCUGUAAAUGGCAAAAGAAUAUCAACCCAAAGCUAGAUACAAACCCACUUCAUCAUGAUGUAGCAGUACUUCUUACGAGAAAAGACAUUUGUGCUGGCAUGAAUCAACCCUGUGAAACCUUAGGCUUGUCCCAUCUCUCAGGAAUGUGUCAACCACAUCGGAGCUGUAACAUCAAUGAAGACUCUGGUCUACCCUUGGCAUUCACGAUUGCCCAUGAACUUGGACACAGUUUUGGCAUCCAGCAUGAUGGAAAAGAAAAUGACUGCGAACCUGUGGGAAGACGUCCAUACAUUAUGUCUCGGCAGCUACAGUAUGAUCCUACGCCACUUACCUGGUCGCGAUGCAGCAAGGAAUACAUCACCCGUUUCUUAGACCGUGGAUGGGGAUUUUGCCUGGAUGAUGUCCCAAAGAAGAAAAUGCUAACACCACCAUUCAUUGCCCCUGGAGUCAUUUAUGAUGUUCAUCACCAGUGCCAGUUACAGUAUGGACCCAAUGCAACAUUCUGUGAUCAAGUGGAUAAUAUUUGCCAGACGCUGUGGUGCUUCGUGAAGGGUUCUUGCCGUUCAAAACUGGAUGCUGUAGCAGAUGGAACAAGAUGUGGGGAGAAUAAGGUGAUUAUAAGAUGGAGAAGGCAAAAGUGGGAAAGAUAGCUUGGUUCCUGUCUGAUUUUAUUAGUGCUGCAAGAAUUCAAACCAUUCCCUAGGGGCCUCAUAUGCAACAUUUUGUUGUUUUUCCUGCAUCUAAACUUUGCUUUCAAUCCCAUUUCUCAUAAUAAUAUCUCAGUGGUAGAUCAACCUGAAAUCUUGACCCGCAUCUUAGUAUCAUCAUUUUCUCCACUGGGGAUGCAAGACCUUUGCUCUCUUUUCAAGUCCAUGCCAGAUCCUCCAGCAGUAGGAAUGUAAAUCCCUUACUUUUGCAGAUCAAAGAUAUAUUUUUGAUAUUUCUCGUCAGCAGGAACAGCUCAAUGAAAAAGUUUCAGAUUCUUCCUCUGCUCCUGGCAUUCCUUUGUCUCAAAUGUAGAAAUAUUUCUGCAACAUAAAUAGUUCAUUCUCCCACCUACAUAGCGUUCUUCUGUUUGCAUUUCUAACUUUUUCUCUUAGUUCACCAUUACAUUAAAUAACUGACUCUCCUGUAUUUCUGGAAGGUCCAAGUUUGUUUUAUAGCUGCGCAGCUGGAUUUUAAUACUUUGUGUC